CGAGCGGGCAUGCCCCGGAAGCAGUUCUUUGGCCCUGUGACACGUAGCAACGGGGCUAGUUCAGGUUCUGAAACUGAGUUUGGGGAUUGUUUGGGACUGCUGAAGAUACUGCCUUUGCCGCCAGCGCAGCCUCAGCGUUUGGUGAGUGACCCAGGCCCGUGGCACACUGUUCAGCUUCUCUCCACAACUGUGCAAAUGGGCUUGUUGCCGUCUUUCGGCGCCGCGCCCUGGUCCUUUCGCUCAGACCCUCGCUCCCAUUCAAGCCCUUGCUCUGAUGCGGGCCCCUGCACCUCAGGCGCGACCUUCCAAGAUUCUGCACUUUCCUGGCAGGCGGCAGGCCUUAUGUUUCAAGGAAGCAGUCGCGUUGUCGGCUGUAAAGCCCUGUCCCAAGAUUAUUUGCAAUGUCCGGUUUUGAAAACUUAAAUACGGAUUUCUACCAGACAAGUUACAGCAUCGAUGAUCAGUCACAGCAGUCCUAUGAUUAUGGAGGAAGUGGAGGACCCUAUAGCAAACAGUAUCCUGGCUAUGACUACUCGCAGCAAGGCCGAUUUGUCCCUCCAGACAUGAUGCAGCCACAACAGCCAUACACUGGGCAGAUUUUCCAGCCAACUCAAGCAUAUACCCCAGCUUCACCUCAGCCAUUCUAUGGAAACAACUUUGAGGAUGAGCCACCUUUAUUAGAAGAAUUAGGUAUCAAUUUUGACCACAUCUGGCAAAAAACACUAACAGUAUUACAUCCAUUAAAAGUAGCAGAUGGCAGCAUCAUGAAUGAAACUGAUUUGGCAGGACCAAUGGUUUUUUGCCUUGCUUUUGGAGCCACAUUGCUACUGGCUGGCAAAAUUCAGUUUGGCUAUGUAUAUGGGAUCAGUGCAAUUGGAUGUCUAGGAAUGUUUUGUUUAUUAAACUUAAUGAGCAUGACAGGUGUUUCAUUCGGUUGUGUGGCAAGUGUCCUUGGAUAUUGUCUUCUGCCCAUGAUCCUACUUUCCAGCUUUGCAGUGAUAUUUUCUUUGCAAGGAAUGGUAGGAAUCAUUCUCACUGCUGUGAUUAUUGGAUGGUGUAGUUUUUCGGCUUCCAAAAUAUUUAUUUCUGCAUUAGCCAUGGAAGGACAGCAACUUUUAGUAGCAUAUCCUUGUGCUUUGUUAUAUGGAGUUUUUGCCCUGAUUUCUGUCUUUUGAACUGAAUUUAUCUGGAAUGUGGACAUCAGUGGGCCAAAUGUGCAAAAAGGACCUUGAGCUCUUAAAUUGGACCAGUGAAACUGCUGCAGUACAACUCUUAUGCAGAUUUACAUUUGACUGUUGGAGCAAUGAAAGUAAACGUGUACCUCUUGUUCAUUUUUAUAGAACUUUGAAUACUAUAUUGGGUUUAUCUGCAGUGCGACUAGCUUUAAAUGUUUGUGUUUAUACAAAUAAGAAAUGCUAUUUCUUUCCGGUUCCUGCAGCCUUUGAAAAACCUUUUCUUUGCAAAUUAUAAUGUUUUUGAUAGAUUUUUAUCAACUGUGGGAAACCAAACACAAAGCUGAUAAUCUUUCUUAACAACAACCCAGACAUAGUAAAGAAGACUUACUGCAAAAAAUAUUUUUCUGAGGAUUUAGGAAAGAAAAAUUGCCUUUUAUUCUCAAGUUCAGGUACACUCAAAGCAAAAAAGUGAUCCAAAUGUAGAGUAUGAGUUUCCACUCCAAAAAUUUGACAUUACUGUAAAUUAUCUCAUGGAAUUUCUGCUAAAAUUCAGAGCUAUAGGAAGUUCACAGUCUACCUUAUUGUAGACAUGAAAUGUGAACACUUAUUUAGAUAUUAGUGUUAACUAAAGCUUAGUGACCUGGAAUGGUUGCAUUGAUGCUCAUGGUUGGGUCUCCACAUUUCCCAAAAAAGAAAAAAAAUCACUAACCUUUUUCGAGAAAAAUACUUAAAGUUUUACAGUUUCAGUAUUGCAGUUAUCAAUGUAAAGUACAUUUGAAUGCUUAUUAAUUAAAACUUUCUCAAUUAAUUUUAACUGUGUUGUUGAGUUUACUUUUACUAAAC